GCUAUCGAUAAUUUUGCCCAGUGCGCAGGGCUGUAGACAUAGACAGAGCAAGGGGGCGGAAAUCUUUCGGUACCCUUGAGGCUUGGCAGCUCACCCCGGAUACACACGCUUCUGAGUGACCGCCGGGCUCCGCAUCCGAGCCUGGAGGGCAGGGGGGGGGGAUCAUAAUUCAUACCUAAGAUAGGGGAGGGUGUAGCCGCAACACUAAAGGCAAACACCUCCCUGAUCUUGCAAGAUCGUGACAACUUGCUCGCCGCUGAAGCCGUAGUGGAAGGUGUGAGAGAGAGGGAGAGAGAGGGAGAAAGAGAAAGGGGGAGCAGAGCAGCAUCACUACAGCGAGAGAUGGCGGAGUGCGGGCGGAAGGCGCUGUCUCUCCUGGAAGCGGCCCGCUCCCGGUAUGAGAGCCUGCAGAUAUCCGACGACGUGUUCGGCGAGUCCGGGGACGACAGCAGCGACAAUCCCUUUUACAGCACCUCCGGAGACUCCGACUCUGACAACUGCAUAGCCGAGGUAGGCGAGGAGGAGCAGCGGAAGCACCAACACCAAAAGCGGGGCGAUAAGGACAGCGGGCACAGCUGGGGAGCAGGAGGCGGCAGCAGUGGGAGCAGCGGAGCCGGUCCCCCGGGCUCUCUGUCCCGUAGUCAGGCGGAGGAGGAGGGCUGGACGGAGACUCUGCAGGAUGUCACGGUGCCGACGUACAAAGAGACAUAUGGCCCUGCUCAGAAGAUGCCAGCCACUGCCACUGCCUUGGACUUCUUUCAGCUCUUUGUCCCGGACAAUUGCAUCCAAAACAUGGUCACCCAGACGAACAUGUAUGCCAAGAAGUUCCAGGAGCGCUUCGGCUCAGAAGAAGGCUGGUGUCCUGUCACAGCCCAGGAGAUAAAGGCCUUCCUGGGCUUUGUCACCUCCACCAGUGUGCACCGCUGUGAGUCGGUGCUCAGCAUCUGGAGCUCGGGCUUCUUCAGCAACCGGAGCAUCGCCUUGAAGAUGAGCCAGGCACGCUUUGAGAAGAUCCUCAAGUACUUCCACAUCGUCGCUUUCCGGCCAUCGCAGGGAAGCAACCAAGGCCUGUACAAGAUCCAACCCUUCUUGGACUCGCUGCAGCAGUCAUUCAGCUGCACCUUUAGACCUUCACAGACACAGGUUCUUCACGAACCCUUGAUAGACGAGGAUCCAGUGUUCAUCACCACCUGUACGGAAAGAGAGCUGAGGAAGAGGAAGAAGAGGAAGUUCAGCCUCUGGGUUCGACAAUGCACCUCCACCGGAUUUAUCUGUCAGAUCUCAGUCCAUCUGAAGGAGGGCCAGGGUACGGACGGUCUGGCCACCUUGAAGAACAAGCCUCAGCUUCACAGCCUCGUGGCCAAGCAGCUUUGCCAGAAUAUCUCCGGCAAGAACACCAUCAUCUUCACUGGGCCAUCCAUCACAAGCCUUAGCCUCUUUACCGAAUUCAGCAAACAAGAUAUCUAUUGUUGUGGUCUGCUGAGCACCAGGAAGAGCGAUUGUACAGGAUUGCCACAAAGCAUGCUGGUCUGCGGCUCCACACCAGCGCAGCGCGGCCAAUCACGAGUGAUGAUGAAAGGCAGCAUGUCGUUGAUCAGCUGGUACAACAAGGGACACUUCAGGUUCCUCACCAACAGUUAUUCCCCAACAAAACAAGGUAUGAUCAUUAAGAGGAAAAGCGGGGAGAUCCCAUGUCCCUUGGCUGUUGAGGCCUUUGCGGCGCACCUCAGCUACAUUUGCAAAUACGACGACAAGUACAGCAAGUACUUUAUCUUCCAUAAGCCCAACAAGACCUGGCAGCAAGUGUUCUGGUUGAGCAUCAGCAUCGCCAUCAACAACGCGUACAUCCUCUACAAGAUGUCUGACGCCUACACGGUUAAACGCUACAGCCGAGCACAGUUUGGAGAGAGACUGGUCAGAGAACUGCUGGAUCUAGAUGACUGCUCCCCCACACAGUGAGGAGGAAGACGAGGACAGCAGGAGCGCACAACAAAAACACACACUCACUUGGACACACACAAACACAAUCCCCGCACUUACAUUCACACUCUUCAUUACGGUUGUACAGAUUCUGCAGUCUGUGUCUAUGUGAUGAUACUGAAGCAGUGCCAAGCCUGUCUCUCUUCCUCGAGUUGUUUUCUGUGGUAGUGUAAAUAUUCAUUAAAACACGACUGCACACUACACAGUAGAGAAUCAUGAGCCAUGGGACAGUUCACAUGCCUCAACUGCAACUUUUAACCACACAGAUUUACUAAGGAUUUGCAGCAGGAGCUAUUUCACAAGCAGAAAUGCAGGCGGGAACAACAACAACACCGGGAUGAAUUCAAGUUAAAUUAUGUCAGCUUCAAAUUUUAGCUCUUAUAAAAGAGUGAAAUUAUUGAUGAGCCUGAAUCUCCUGUGUAAGUGUUCAAAUGUAUACCUGUCAGGCUAAAAGCUACGUGUAGCUUGAAAUUUACACUCUGCAAAAACACCUGUGACCCCGUAACAAAAGCUUAGUAAACCAGGACUAUGACGUGUUUACACGCUGCAUGCAUAAAGAAUUUGGAUUGUGAUGUUCUCUUGUUCAGUAUGAAAAUGAUUUUUGUUCCAGGUGGGUUUUGAAAUUAUUUUUGUGUGUGUGUUUGUGUGUGUGUAUGUAUUUAGCAAGUGGAACAGCCAUUUGUUUGCACGUUGAGCCUGAGGAUGUAAAUGUACGGCUAUUGUGACCCAGAUGUGUUGUGUUGCUGCACACUUACUUGCUAGAGAAAGACAUAAAGCCACACCCAGCAGUGUGCAACC